AUGGAGGGACACGUGGAAGUUCAUUGGUUUAUAAACGACACAGUGUUUUGGUACCGACUGUACCAACCAACGAAAACACCAAAAGCGGAAAUCAAUGAGGAAAAUGUCUUUUCCGUGGAAUUACAUGGAGUAGAAUCACGAAAUGAAUCCGAACUAGAGGAGAUUCCCCAGAACGAGGUUGGCGAUGUUGAGGAUGAAAUCAUCACCGUAGAGUACAGUAAUCUGACGUCACAGAGGGUCUCCAUUGAUCAGUUCAUCAGAGAAUUACCAGAAAAAAGAAGCAACGGAAUCCUGGAGAAAGAAUUCGAUGAACUUCCUACUGGACUACUAGAGUCCUAUUCUAAUGCUCUGAAGGCUUCCAGCAGAAAGGGGAAUCGAUACAAAGGAAUUUAUCCAUAUGAUUAUAAUCGCGUGAAAUUGAUGAGAACAUACGCAAAUGAGAACGAUGACUUUGUCAAUGCAUCUUACAUACAUGGUUUCAACAAAGAGCGAGCGUACAUAGCCGCACAAGGUCCUUUUAAUCCCAAGACGUUAGAGGAUUUCUGGACGAUGAUCUGGCAGAAUGACGUCACAAGGAUUGUCAUGCUGACCAACCUUUACGAAGGAGAUAGGAUGAAGUGUCUGAAGUACUGGCCGGACACGGAUCUGGACAUCGGUCAAUACACCAUAAGACUGGACAAUGUGGAUGUGUACGACCACUACGUGCUGAGAUAUAUGGUUGUUCAUUGUCAGGAAGAGGAGAAGAAAGUGACCCAGUUUCACUUCACCACCUGGCCAGACAAUUCCAUUCCUGAUGAUCCGACGUCACUCUUUUACUUCCGUAACCUGGUCAGAAAUGGAUUGACCACAUCUGAUGGACCGAUAGUCGUUCAUUGCAGUGCUGGAAUUGGGAGAACUGGAACAUUCAUAUCAUUUGAUUACCUCCUGGAAGAGGGCGCUGCAGAACAGACAGUUGAUGUCAAGGGGUACAUUGCUUCUUUAAGACAGCAGCGCGGAGGAUCUGUGCAAACUUGUGACCAGUACAUCUUUCUUCAUGAGGCACUUAUGGAAGGAAUUUCAAACAGCAAUGUUCACCAUGGUUGUCUAUCUGUGUUGUAACAUAUGGGUAUAUGAGAAAAAUAUAACAUACUUACACACAAAUAGUUUGCUUCAUUUUCACAUAAGGAGACAUCAAUAUGACAAGAGUGUUUCGAUGUCACGUAACAGGAACAUAAGAAUACCAAAGUACACUUCAUUCCGUCGUGCAUUGUUCAUUUGUAUAUUCUAUGCAGAUUAUUGUUUCAAAGUAUGAUUUUCUUCAUGUCUUAUUUAAAAAAAAAUCUCAUUCCUAAUCAGAUAUUUUAAAUUUUUCUUUACGAGACCACGUUUUACUUGUUACUCAUUUUGACUGUGCGUCAUACAUUGACAUAAAGAAUAGG